AUGGAUGCGACCGAAGCGCGAAAAAGACCUCGAUCAGGAUCCGACACAGUCGAAGAACCCAAUCCAGCGAUCCCUGAACCGCAAAGUGAGGAUGAAGACAUUGGCCCCCUACCAGCUCCCGACGAGGGCCCAGCACCAAAAGCGCAUGUCAAGAACAAACGAAGAGUUGCUCAUCAGAACGCUCUUCUACAUCUCAAGCAUCUUCCAUCGGCCGAGCGAUAUCAUCGCAGUUUCAUGCAUCGUGAUGUUGUCUCCUGGGUUACUGUGACUCGGACACACUUCAUCAUCACGGCAUCAGUCGACGGGCAUAUCAAAUUUUGGGGCAAAAAAGGCCCCAAGGAUGGUCCAGGGAUCGAAUUCGUGAAGCAUUACCGAGCCCAUCUUAGCUCAAUUGUAUCUGUAUCAGCUUCGGCCGAUGGCUUGAUGUACGCGAGUGUCUCUGCAGAUGGGCAGGAAGGUAGUGUGAAGAUAUUUGACGUUCAAAAUUUUGAUAUGAUCAACAUGAUGAAAGUCCCUUUUGUACCCAAAGCAUGCUGCUGGGUUCACGCAAUUGGCCAGGCAGCCACACUUCUCGCCGUCUCAGAUGCGAAUACCCCAACAAUAAACAUAUACGAUGGGAGGGGUACGGGUCAGCCGGUUAUGUCUAUCGGGAGUCUGCAUCACUCACCUGUGCAUCUGAUGUCGUUUAACACCGUUUUCGACUGCGUCAUAUCUGUUGAUACGUCGGGUAUGCUGGAGUAUUGGGAACCAAACGAAAGUUUCAGUUUGCCUGAAGGAAUAAAGUGGUCCAUGAAAAGUCAAACAGAUCUUUACCAUUUCAAAAAGUCGAAAUCAGUGCCUACUUCUUUAACUAUAUCACCCAAUGGACUCCAUUUCGCUACAACCACUCUCAAUUCCCAAGACCACAGCAUUUGUGUUUUCAAUUUCUGCACCGGAAAGCUGAUGCGAAAAUAUGACGAAAGUAUCACUGCUAUCAGUGAGAUGCAACAAGCGGGUACCACAGCUUACAGGCUAGAUGAUAUGGAGUUUGGACGUCGGCUUGCGGUUGAAAGAGAACUGGGAAAGACAGCCGAAAGUGGCUUAUCACCUGGUGCCUGCGGCAGUGCUAUAUUUGAUCCAAGUGGCAAUUUUCUGAUGUAUCCAUCUUUACUCGGCAUCAAAAUUGUUGAUAUACAUCUGAAUCAAAUGGCUAGAAUCUUGGGCAAAGACGAAAACCACCGAUUUUUGCAGGUGGCUUUUCUUCCUGGGUUUGAUGGUAACCAAGGAAUUACUACACUCGCUAUGGCAGUGUCAAACAACCCAUUGUUGGCCGACAAAGGUCAAGCUGACCCCAGCUUGUUCUGUACGGCGUUUAAGCGGCCUAGAUUCUAUAUCUUCAAUCAGACAGAACCUGACGAUUCAGGUACCAAAAACGCUGAUCGCGACAUCUUCAACGAGAAACCUACACGAGAGGAGCAAGCAGUCGCAGCCGUUGCACCAGCUUCGAAAGUCCAACUUGGCAGCUCUGCAGUCAUCCAUACAACCCGUGGAGAUAUACAUUGUCGACUUCAUCCAGAGCUUGUUCCCAAGACUGUAGAAAAUUUUGUUGGACAUGCACGAAGCGGAUAUUAUGAUGGAGUCAUCUUUCAUCGUAUCAUCAAGAAAUUUAUGAUCCAAACUGGUGACCCACUAGGAGAUGGUACAGGGGGUGAAUCUAUUUGGGGUGGCAAUUUCGAGGAUGAGAUUGUUCCAAAUUUGAAACAUGACAAACCCUAUUGUCUAAGCAUGGCCAAUGCUGGUCCCGGUACUAAUGGCUCGCAAUUCUUCAUCACGACUGUGCCUACUCCUUGGUUAGAUAACAAACAUACCAUCUUCGGACGUUGCGUUUCUGGGUUUGACGUUAUUCAUGAGAUUGAAAAUGUCAGAUGUGAUAAGACAGAUAAGCCGCUCCCUGAUUACGAGGUAAAAAUCAGCAGCAUAACAGUUGAAUAGAAUCCUCGAGUCACAAAAAUGAAAUUAUCGGAAAUAACUGCUUCAAUCUGUCGUCCUCUCUCGAGCAUCUUCAAUUGGUGGUAUACUUGCAAUAGAAUGAUCAGAGAUCCCCGCUGUUUAUCCCGGAAUUUGUCAUAUAGCAUGAAAUUCUGGAAACAUGCUGCAUUUCUCAUCACGCGCC